UGCUGUUCAUGAGAUUUUAGAGUUUAUCCAGCAUUUACGGAUAGGUUUACACAUUGGACGAUGUUUUUAAAUUAUUGUUAUUAUUUUAAACUGCCUUCGGAAUGAAUCUCUAAAUCCGGAGACAUCACUAUGAGAAGCUAGGAAGGGGAAGCUAGCGUUACCCAAUCAAGAAUUUACUGUUUUGCUUCCGAGUUUAUCAUUUACCGAGGUGAACAUCAUGGCCCGGUAACAACAGGGAGCUAUGGGGUUUUUCAGGCAGCUCUACCUCCUCCUGUGGAAAAACAUCACAUACCGCAGGAGAAACAAGAUCCAGCUGAUAAUUGAGCUCCUCUGGCCGCUCUUCCUUUUUGUCAUCCUCAUCUCUGUUCGUCAUUCCCACCCUCCUUACAAACAAGGCCAAUGUCACUUCCCAAACAAAGCCUUGCCGUCGGUAGGCACUGUUCCCUGGAUUCAAAGCAUCAUCUGCAACAUCAAUAAUCCCUGCUUCCACAGCCCAACGCCGGGGGAAACACCGGGCCAAGUGGGAAACUUUGACAACUCGAUAUUGUCUCGUCUUUUUGUGGAUGCUCAGACGGUUUUGUCCUACAGUGGCAACCGCAGCUUCUCCACCUUUCAGGACCUGAUGGGAAGUGUCCGGCUGCUGGGAGAAAGAUUUGGAUCCCUACCAAGUUUACCAGUUAAAGAAUGCCUGAGACCCAGGGAGACCUUCUCCAGUUUUCUCCUGACCAACGCCAGCCUGUCGUCUUCAACUGUAGACCAGCUGAUGAAUGCGCGCCUUGAUUUUCAGGCUGUAAUUACUGGACUCCAGAUGCCACUGAAAGCCUUAGUGUGCAAUGAAACCAUGCUGGGACAGUUGCUGUCAGUGGAGGGAGGAGCAGCCAACAUGACGGCUCUUCAGAUCGAGCUUUGUAAGCUUCCAGCUGAUGUCCUGCAGGAUGCUGAGCGCAUUUUCCUCUCUCAGCUUGAUGUGACCAAGUUGCUUACAAGAGACCGUCUAAUUGGCAGCGCUGAGGAGCUGAGGCUCAUCAGUCAGGCCAUCACCUCAGUAUCCCAGGAGCUCGCUGUCCUUAUAGAUGACUUUUCCUCCCUUUCCAGUUUUGCAGAAAUGAACGAAGCUCUUAGUCUUCUGUCUCCAGAAAAUCGAACAGCUCUGCCCAGGGAGAGUUUCAGGGCUUUUUCAAGAAUCAUGUGCGGCCACCCCAAAGUUGGCGGCGAACGCAUCCCAUCUCUCAACUGGUACGAAGACAACAACAUCAAAUCGUUCCUGGGCAGAAAUGGUACAGAGGAUGUAGUCCCAGACGGCGACAACACAACGACACCUUUUUGCAAAGGUUUGAUCCAAAGUCUGGAGUCAAAUCCUCUGUCUCGCAUUGUAUGGCGAGGAAUUAAACCCCUGUUCAUCGGAAAGCUGCUCUACACACCGGACACUCCUGCAGUUCGACAAGUCAUUAAAGAGGUGAACAAAACAUUUGAAGACCUCCAGAUUUUUCAGGAUCUGAAUGAUGCCUGGAUGGAGGUGGGACCACAAAUCAAGAACUACAUGGAGACCAGUGUGGAGAUUCAGCUGCUAAAGGAUUUGCUGAGGCGUCCAGAAAUUGCGGUUUUGAUCAACAUGCGUUUGGAAAACACAACCUGGACGGCCUCACGGAUCGCUCGCUUCCUCUCCACUCCCUCACCGGACGUCCCCAGGAAACCUGGAGCCCCGCCCACCUGGUUGGACCUCUACAAUAAUGUUGAAAGCUCUAUCGCCAUGCUUGCACAAGUCACCAAGUGCUUUAGUUUGGAUAAAAUGGAGGGGCUUGACACGGAGGGUCAGCUGAUUGACAGAGCUCUCCAGCUUCUGGAGGACAGACAGUUUUGGGCAGGUGUGGUUUUCCUUCUGCCUAACACGUCCUCAUCGCAGCUCCCGCCCCACGUCACCUACAAGAUCAGAAUGGACAUUGAUGAUGUGACCCGCACCAAUAAGAUCAAGGACAGAUUUUGGGAUCCUGGUCCAGCUGCUGACCCAUUUAACGACAUGCGCUACAUUUGGGGCGGCUUUGUCUAUAUUCAGGACCUGGUGGAGAAAGCUGUGAGCUACGUUCUGACUGGAGUUAAACAGAACACUGGCAUCUACAUCCAGCAGAUGCCCUACCCCUGCUAUGUGGACGAUGUGUUCCUUCGAGUACUAAACCGCUCCCUACCUCUGUUCAUGACUCUGGCGUGGAUCUACUCGGUGGCCAUGAUCAUUAAAGGUGUGGUGUAUGAGAAGGAGGCGAGGCUGAAGGAAACCAUGAGGAUUAUGGGUCUGAGCACAGGAACAUUGUGGCUCAGCUGGCUCAUCAGCAGCUUGAUCCCGUUCCUCAUUUCUGCUGUUCUCCUUAUUGCUCUGCUCAAGUGGGGUGAUAUAUUGCCGUACAGCGACCCGACUGUCGUCUUUUUUUUCCUGAUGGCUUUUGCCACCGCCACCAUCAUGCAGUGUUUUCUCAUCAGCACCUUCUUCUCCAAAGCCAACCUGGCUGCCGCCUGUGGGGGGCUCAUCUACUUCAGCCUCUAUCUGCCCUACGUUCUGUGCGUCGCCUGGCGGGACCACCUCACCUCAACACACAGAGUCUUUGCUAGUUUUCUGUCUCCUGUAGCCUUUGGUUUUGGCUGUGAGUAUUUCUCUCAGUACGAGGAACAAGGUGUGGGGAUCCAGUGGUUUAACCUGCGAGCCAGCCCUGUGGAGGGCGACACGUACAGCUUUACCACCUCCAUAACUAUGCUUUAUGUGGACGCCUUUAUCUACGCCCUCGCAGCUUGGUACAUUGAAGCGGUGUUUCCUGGUCAGUAUGGCAUCCCCAGGCCCUGGUACUUCAUCUUUCAGCUCAACUACUGGGGUGGGAUUCCUUUAGAAGUCGGCAUGCCAAUCCCACCGGCCCCAGCAGAGCAAGAUGAAGAUUAUAUUGAAACAGAUCCCAGUACUAUGAAUCUUGGCGUGAACAUCAGAAACUUGGUGAAAAUUUACAAGAAAGGAGGGAAAGUCGCUGUCAACCAUCUUAACCUGAAGUUUUAUGAAGGCCAGAUCACUUCCUUUCUUGGCCACAACGGCGCUGGCAAAACCACCACCAUAUCCGUCCUAACUGGGCUGUUCCCUCCCACCGCUGGGACUGUGUAUGUCAAGGGCAUGGACAUCCGCUACGACAUGGACAUCAUCCGAAAGACGUUGGGGGUGUGUCCACAGCACAAUGUCCUCUUUGACAUGCUCACAGUGGAGGAGCAUGUGUGGUUUUAUGGUUGUCUGAAGGGCUUGUCUGAAGAAAAUGUGAUGGCUGAAAUAAGCGCUUUGCUGGAGGACGUCGGCCUUUCGCACAAACGACAUGAUCAGACCAAAAACCUCUCCGGCGGCAUGCAGAGAAAGUUGUCUGUUGCGAUCGCUUUUGUGGGGGGCUCCAAGGUGGUUGUCCUGGAUGAGCCCACUGCUGGCGUUGACCCGUAUUCCCGCAGAGGGAUCUGGGAUCUGUUGCUCAAAUAUCGCAAAGAUCGUACCAUCAUUCUGUCCACUCACUACAUGGAUGAGGCCGAGCUGCUAGGCGACCGCAUCGCCAUCAUCUCUAAGGGGAAGCUCUGCUGCUGCGGAUCGCCGCUCUUUCUCAAGUCCAAGCUGGGAUCUGGUUACUACCUCACUGUGGUGAAGAGGGAAGAGCUAAGCACCAGCACUCCCAGUAAUUCCAGUAUCUGCACCAGUGCCAGCACCAGCACCAACAAGCUCCCCUCUUUAGUAAAGGACAGUGAGUCAUCCCUAAGUGAAGACACUGGACUGGGGAGUGAGGAGACCAGCUCCUACCUUGCAGCCUUGCUGGCGCUGGUGCAGCAGCACAUCCCAGGUGCCAGGCUAGUGGAAGACUCUAGAAGAGAAACUAUGAUCAACUUACCGCAAGCAGCUGCCAAAGAUGGCAGUCUUGCUGUCUUCCUUUCUAAACUGGACCAGAAGCUUGUAGAGCUGGGCAUCAGCAGCUACGGCCUGUCAGACAGCACACUGGAGGAGAUCUUUCUUCGAGUGGCGGAGGAAACUGGUGUGGAUGCUGCAUCAGAACCUCCUAGUAGCGUGCAGCCAUCAGUGACCAGAGCUGAGGAUCAACCAGAAGAACCAGAGUCAGAACCACAGGAAACGGACCUGCUGAGUGGGAAUGGCCAAGGAGGCGUUCCCCUGACGGGCUGGUGGCUGACGUGGCAGCAGCUCAGAGCUCUCUUUGUCAAACGCUGGCUUUACGCUCGGAGGAGCCGCAGAGGGAUUUUAGCUCAGAUUGUUCUGCCUGCUGUGUUUGUUCUGAUCGCUCUGCUCUUCAGCCUUAUUGUUCCUCCAUUUGGGAAGUACCCGGAGCUUGAGUUGCAGCCUUGGAUGUACGGGGAGCAGUACACCUUCUUCAGCAAUGAUGCUCCUGGUAACCCAGCCAUGGAGAACCUCCUGGAAGCUUUGCUGGACCAGCCAGGGUUUGGCACCAAGUGCAUGGAUAAAGAGGAGGAGCUUAACAGCACAAGUCAUCAGUGUGAAGCUGAGAGGGGCGGCAACUUCACGCGGCCUCAGAUAUCGUACUCCACCUGGCAGAAACUGAAGCGAGGGAACUGGAGCAGAGACCGACCUUCACCAGAAUGUCAGUGCAGCACGGAGGAUACCCGCCGGAUGCUUCCUGAUUGCCCAGACGGUGCUGGAGGGUUUCCUCCUCCGCAGAUGAAAAAAGCCACUGGAGAUAUUCUUCAGAAUCUGACAACAUACAACAUCUCAGAUUACCUAGUUAAGACCUACCCGCAAAUCCUCAAGAAAAGCUUAAAAACGAAGAAGUGGGUAAACGAGUUCAGAUAUGGAGGCUUCUCUCUUGGAGGUAGCACCACCCAGAAUAUAUCUGAGGUCCAGCAUCUCCAAGACUCUGUCAUGGCAAUCAGGACUCGUUACCAAGUCAAACAGAACAGUUCACUGGACCACCUGCUGAAGAAGCUGCCAGAGUUUUUGGGAGGAAUGCACAGUGAAAACAACGUGAAGGUGUGGUAUAACAACAAGGGCUGGCAUGCCAUGGUGUCAUUUGUCAAUGUGAUGAAUAACGGCCUGCUGAGAGCGAGUCUUCCACCAGGAGCAGAGAGGAGGAGACACGGCAUCACUGCUUAUAAUCACCCACUCAACCUCACCAAGGAGCAACUUACUGAGAUAGCAAUGAUGACCACAUCAGUGGAUGUUUUGGUGUCGAUCUGUGUAAUCUUCGCCAUGUCCUUUGUGCCGGCCAGUUUUGUCCUCUUCCUGAUUGAGGAACGAGUCAGUAAAGCCAAACAUCUGCAGUUUGUCAGCGGGGUCCAACCGAUUCUCUACUGGCUCGCCAACUUCGUCUGGGACAUGUUGAACUAUUCUGUCCCGGCUAUGAUGGUGGUGCUGAUCUUCAUCUGUUUCCAGCAACAGUCGUAUGUCUCAGAGACCAACCUGCCAGCUCUAAUCCUUCUGCUGCUCCUCUAUGGGUGGUCCAUAACUCCUCUGAUGUACCCAGCAUCUUUUGUUUUCUCCAUACCUAGCACAGCUUAUGUGGUUCUGACCUCCGUCAACCUCUUUAUUGGUAUUAAUGGGAGCAUCGCCACCUUCGUACUGGAGUUGUUUGUAGAUGAGCAUCUGAAUGAGGUCAACAGGAUCUUAAAGAAAGUGUUUUUGAUUUUCCCACAUUUCUGCUUGGGCCGAGGUCUCAUCGACAUGGCUAAGAACCAAGCCCUGGCCGACGCCUUCCAGAGACUAGGAAGCAAACAGACUCUUGACCCCCUUCAGUGGGACUUUGUUGGGAAGAAUCUGUUUGCAAUGGCAGCUGAAGGCGUUAUCUUCUUCAUCUUCACCAUUCUCUUGCAGUACAAGUUUUUCAUUUACUAUAGGCCGUGGUGGAAACAACCUCAGCUUCCUCCUCUGGGUCCAGAGGAUGAAGACGUGGCGAGAGAGCGUGAGAGAGUUAAAAGUGGCAAAGCCCACUCUGAUAUCCUCACCAUGAUAGAUCUGAGCAAGGUUUACAAAGCAGGAAGAAAGCCAGCUGUGGAUCGGCUUUGCCUCGGGAUUCCCCGCAGUGAGUGUUUCGGCCUGCUAGGGGUAAAUGGAGCUGGAAAAACAUCUACGUUCCGCAUGCUGACUGGAGAUACACAGAUCACACAUGGAGAGGCUUUCCUCAGCCAGCAUAGUGUGCUGAGAGAGAUGGAGCGGGUCCACCAGCUGAUGGGUUACUGUCCACAGUUUGAUGCGAUCAGUGAUCUGCUGACGGGUCGGGAACAUCUGGAACUCUAUGCUCGCCUGAGGGGGGUGCCAGAGGAGUCUGUCACUAAGGUGGCGCAGUGGGGGGUAAGGAAGCUGGGGUUGACUCAGUAUGCUGAACAGGAGGCUGGAGGAUACAGCGGAGGGAACAAGAGGAAACUUUCCACGGCUAUUUCCCUCAUUGGGGCUCCUCCAGUUAUAUUCCUGGAUGAGCCUACCACUGGGAUGGACCCAAAAGCAAAAAGGUUUUUGUGGAACUGCAUCCUUAGUGUAACUAAAGAAGGCAGAGCUGUUGUACUCACCUCCCACAGUAUGGAAGAGUGUGAGGCACUGUGCACUAGGAUGGCCAUCAUGGUGAACGGCAGAUUUCAGUGUCUGGGGUCCGUUCAGCACCUGAAGAACCGAUUUGGAGACGGGUACACCAUCAUUCUCCGUCUGGCGGACAUUAAAGCGGACCCAGAGUCCUGUCCUAUCGACACCCACCUGAGGAAAUCUUUUCCCAUCAUUGAGUUGAAGGAGAGACAUCAGAACGUGCUGCAGUACCAGCUGCCAUCACACGCCUGCUGCCUUGCCGACGUCUUUGACGUUCUGGGGAACAACUCUGAGGAGCUUGGCAUCGUGGACUUCUCCGUCUCGCAGACAACCCUUGAUCAGGUUUUUGUCAGCUUUGCAAAGGAGCAGACAGAUGAUGACUGCCUCACAGACGUGGUAAUCAGUAAUGGCGCUCCACAGCUAAACCCUCCCAUCAGAAUAAAUCCUCCCAACAUUCAGCCUCAACAACAAACAACAUCCCCUCAGCAGAAGAAAUCUCCACAGCUUCCUUCCCAAUCACCUGAAAGCAAUUCGAAAGGAAGCAAACCGAGAAAAGCCAAAGCCAGAAAGGUCAGUUCCAACGGGGAAACGAGCGGCAGCGUGCCUCUGAGCAGAUUACCUCAGACACAGGAAAAGCCUCCAGAGUUGGGCAGCAGCAACGGUGGAGUUCAGAGCGAGUCCAGCAAACCUCACAGGUCAAAUCAAAGAGAGGAGAGCUCCAAUAACGAUCCUGCUGCGCUCUUUAUAGUCGGCACCAACUCACAGGACAGCUCGCUGUGAGCUGUGCAGGACCAAAGACAGAGAAGACAUUCUUAUCUCUUGUUUAUUCAUCUGAAUGCUGCAGAGUUCAUGACAAACCUCUGUCGGUCUGUCAGAAGUCAACAGUGUUCUUCCUUUUAAACGGCUGCGGUGCCUUGUUCACCUCGUCAUAUAUCUGUAGCUUUAGAACGGUUAAAAAUGCCUGAAAGUAUCAGUUUUAUCUCCCUGAAGUAACAUUUUGCUCAUAUUAAAGAGUGCUAUGCAGGGUGGAGUGCAGAAAUGGGGAGUUUUUUUCUCAGGUCUCCUUUAGACGAUAUUUUCCAGUUGAUUUAUUUAUUCUUUCCGGAAAGCACUUUAAGCAAGAUGCUGCAAAGAUUCAUAGAGUAGCAGAUUAUGUGUAAUUUUAUGGGGAUUUUACAGAUAUACGUUUGUAGAGUGGUGGAGGUUAUUACAAGACAGUUUACAGCAGAUUUUACCUCUUUGUUUCAUUAUUAUGUUCUUGUUCUUUGCAUCAUUUUAUUUAUAAAUUUAUGUUGUGAGUUUUAUAGUUACUUUCCAAUAGUGGGUGUUAUUUAUAUUUUUUGUUUUCCUUUUUCCAUUUAUCUGUAUUUUGCAUGUUUAUAAAUGAAGUCUAGAAUGACUACAUUGAAACAGAUGUGGCUCCUAAUGAUUUUUAUCAAAAGAUAAUUUGCCAAACUGUUCAAAUUCAAUCAGUGAUAAAGUCCUGAUUAGUAAAAAAACACUAAGCUAAAAGGCUUUGAAGAACUAAAAAUCCGUUUGGUUUAUUGCUGAAUGUCUGAAGCACUGUGAUGCACUGUUACAUUUUCAAAUAUUUAAAACUAUUUUUCAUUUUAACAUAUUUAAAAUAUUUCUGUGUUGUUUAAGACUAAGGACAAGUAUGUGAGCUUUCAUUCCAAUAUCUCCAUGACUAUAAUUUAAACAUGGAGCUAAUUGCUGAUUUUUCAGCUUUUUUUUUCUUUUCUUUUUGUCUUUUCCUGCUGCAUGUCAAAUCAAGUAAAGCUGAACGAGCAACUUUAAAAAGAAAGCUUGCAUUGCUGAAUGUAAACUCUUACUUGAAAAAAAUAACAUAUAUCUGCUGUAAGAUCUGAAUUAUAUUCUAUUAAAAUGACAUCCAAAAAAAGCAUAA